CACGUUGAUAAGCGGUACAGUGAUAUUUUUUGUAAAUCAUGCAGAAAGAAAAGUUGAUAGAAGAAGUGCGAAAAUAUCCGCUACUAUACGACCUUAGUGAUUCGAAAUAUAGCGACGUAAAUAAGAAGGAAAAGGCAUGGAAUGAAAUCGCUAUUGUAUUGUCGCAACCAGCGUCAGAAUGUAAGAAGAUAUGGCAAAACUUAAGGGAAUAUCAUAGAAGAGCCAUUAAAAAGAAAGCAACUAAAAGUGGUCAGAGUGCUACUACUAAUAAAAAAUGGCAAUAUGAAACUGAAAUGUCUUUUUUACUACCACAUUAUAAAGAACGGUCUACAGUGACGUCAGUGGACAACACAGAUGAUGGUGAUGAUGAAAAUAGCUUAUCUGCUGCCGAAAUUUUUGCCAAUUUGACUAAUAAUGAAGAAUCUCAGGACUCGUCAAUUACCUCGGAGCGUCCAGAAUCUUCGGUGUCUAUGUACGAAUCAUCUAAAUCAGUGUUUCCUGACAUCCCAAAAACGACAAAACGAAAGAAAUUGCAAGAAACAAGUGCAUCGGCGGUUUUAAUGGAAUAUUUAUUAAAAAACAAAAAAGAUGAAGAUGGAAAGCAGAAUGACGAAAUGGAUAAUUUUUUUUUAAGUAUUUCUAGCACAGUAAAAAAAUUAUCUACCUAUAAUCAAGCACUUUUAAAGUCAAGAAUUUUUAAUUUAGUUUCGGAAGCUGAAAUACAAGAACUGCAAAAUAAUCGAAACUGUUACUAUGAUGAUUUUUUUGCACCAGGAACUUCUGGCUACACAACUCAAAACAUAAAUACAGGUACUACCGGUACUAGCACCGCUAGCACCCAACAGCAAAAUACAACCCCUAUGGAAGAAUCGAGGGUUGAUGGCUCUUCUUUAACACAACUAAAGUAAAAUUGCUUUGCCUUGAUUUAUCCUUUAACUUGAUAUAUGAAUAAAUAAAUAAAUAUAAUUCUAUAAAAAAGUUUCUUAUU